AUGCCAUCGGACAUCCACCUCGCUUUGUAUGGCGCUGUCUUGUUCGUUCCUCUCGUCCUAGCAUGGAGUCUACUGCCACUUCCACCGGGCCCCCGUUUACUUCCAUUCGUGGGCAACGCUUUUGACAUAGACGUUUCUCAUCCUUGGCUUACAUAUACUAACUGGAAAGCACAACAUGGUGAUAUCGUGUACUCUCGCGUACUAGGACAACAUAUCAUUAUCAUCAACUCCAUAGAAGUCGCCCGGCAGCUUUUGGACAAGCGUUCUGCCAAAUAUUCUGACCGCCCUUUCCUCCAAACAAAUGAAGAAUUUGGAACCUCCUUCAAUACUGCGUAUCUGCCAUAUGGGGAGACACUCCGGAUUCACCGCAAGCUUUUCCAUCAGGCUUUCGGGGCAGAAGCGUCUGCGGAGUAUCAUGACUUAUACUUUCGCAAAGCGUAUGAGCUCGUCACCGAUAUCAUUAGCGCUCCUCAUAUGCUCGAGAAGCACCUCGAAAUGUAUUCUGGUUCGCUCAUCGCCACUGCGAUAUAUGGAUAUGAAACCCUGCCUGGCACAGAGAGCGAUCUUCUGAUCCACCGCUCUCGAGAGUGUUGGCCCCCUGAAAGAGCUGCGCUGCUGAUGGCUUUUCCUUUCCUGGGCCAUCUUCCUUCGUGGUUUCCAGGGGCGACAGAUCGGCGUUUGGCUCCUCAUUGUAGGAAACUUGUUCGUCAGAUGUUGGAUGAACCUUUCGAAUUAGGAAAGGAGAAGAUGACGGAUGACGGACGACCCUCUCUCGUGGCCAAAUUCCUGAAUGGGGGUGACACCUCUCCAGCACAAGAAGAGUUCAUGAAAGGUGUGGCUAUCAGUGGAUUUGCUGGUGGAAUAGAGACAACUGCAUCAUCUUUGCACUCAUUCUUGCUGGCUAUGCUACUCCAUCCAGACGUGCAAUCCCGCGCACUUACUGAAAUCAAUGCCGUCUGCGGAGAUAACGUUCCAACCUUUGAGCACAAACCAUCACUGCCUUACAUUGAAGCAAUUUGUCGAGAAGUUCUCAGAUGGCAGCCCACCCUACCGCUAGGGCUGCCACAUAUGACGUCUCAAGAUGAUGUUUACGAAGGAUACUUGAUUUUGAAAGGAUCAUUGGUCCUGGUAAAUGAAUGGGCUAUAUCUCGAGACGAGAGCCUCUAUCCCAAUGCAUCUCGAUUCGAUCCUCAAAGACAUCUAACUGCUGAGGGUAAGUUGAAAGAUGAUCCUUUUGCGGGACAUUUUGCCUUUGGCUAUGGAAGCUCUCUAUGGGCUGCUAUGGUUUCCAUUUUGUCCACUGUUCGGAUCACGAAAGCCAAAGACUCGGAAGGCAAUGAUAUUCCAGUGGUUCCGGAGUAUACUACUGGUCUCGCUAUUCAACCGAAACCGUUUGCUUGUGCCAUCACGAGUAUUAAUUCGCGAAGGGAAGAACACAUGAAAGCCGCGUCUCGGGUGGAUUGA